UGCCCAGGUGUGAAGAGGCAAAUCAACAUCCCACCCGGGCAGAAAAAUACCCGGCUGAGCCAGCAAACGAGCUGCCUGCCCCUGGGAUGCAGCCCCCGGCAGGGCUGUUUGACCCCGCAGCACCGGCUCUGGCAGCGAGAAAUCUCAUUUAGCCUUUUCCUUUAAACUCUGCUUGCUGGCACUGGGUCUUUCCCUUGCUGGAGCAGUGGGAAGGGCUGUGCCCUGGGAAAUGCUGCGAGCAGGAGAGAAAGGCAGGAGUUUCAUCCCUGUUAUCUAAACCAGCAGGAGAAGAAGCCACGUCGGGAGAAGAGGAGCGGUGCUGAUGCACAGUUCGCUCCCGCUAGCGAGCGUCGGGAGCUGGUGAUUCCACAGCCAGCCAGCCAGCGAGCGCGGGGUCUCUGGGCACGAACGCCGAGUACGGCUGUGCUGCAGCUAGAGGGCUUCGCUGCUGCCGCACACACAUCCCGUGUGCUGCCGGGUGCGCUGCCGCACACCCCGGCACCGGCGGGGCUCCGCCGCGCCGCUCCCCGCCGCUCCCGCUGCUCACGGCCGGGCUCGCCGCAGGGCCGCCCGCCCGCCCGGGCCCCGCAGCACAGGCGCUACCGCCGCCGUCAUGCCUGCCGCUGCGGCCCCGCUCCUGCCGCCGGGCCGCCAACUUGGCGGGUGAGCCUUUCCUCGACACGCAGGUAAGGACCCGCGCACCGCUCCGGGAUGGGGGCAGCCCCGCUCGGAGGAGGCCGGGUGGUGUUCCCGGCGGUCCGGUCCGCAGGCCGGUCCCGUAGGGUCGCGGCAGGUCCCCAGGGAAAGACAGACCUGCGCCAAGCUCAGGUUGGCCUCGGAGGGGUCGAAAAAUAUGCUGGCGGCUGUAACGAUGAAAGGCUGCGACCUGAAGAAACCAGGACUGAAUUACCUGAUCGGAGGCUCUGGGGUCGGCGAAAUGAAAGGAUUUCAACAAAAGUUUUGCUCUGACAGGAUUUCUCCCCCACCACUACCGGCAGCAUGGAGAGCGUGCGGGAGCUCCAAAACCCGCUCUUGGCCAAGGCCAAUGGGCACCUUCACAGCACCUAUUCUUACCACCAGCAUCACAGCCAGGACUACCCCAGCCACCGCUGCCAAGGGAAACUGUACUCCUACAUCUUCCAAAACACUGGUGGUGCCAGGACUCACCAGCUGCUGGAUGCCAGUUCCCUGCAGCUGGCCGUUGAAGCCUUGUACGGCCCCAGUUUCAUCCUUGUGAAGGAUGAGACCACUCUUAAGGCCAAGGACAGCAAGAUGGAGAGCUGCGAGACCACUUUUACAGAAAGCAAAGAGGGUCCACCCGAAGCUCCCGACACGCAUGAGGCGCAAGGGUCCUGCCUGGUGGAGAGUGACAUCCGCAUCCAAACCGUGUCCUACGAGGUGGAGGAAGAGGAGCUCCAGGAGUAUGAGAGUGACUCCUCCAGUGACAGCGAAAGUGAGGACCAUUUCCUGAUGCUUCCCCCCCGUGACCACCUGGGCUUGGCCCUCUUCUCUAUGCUCUGCUGCUUCUGGCCCUUGGGGAUUGCUGCCUUCUACUUCUCCCAAGGGACCAGCAAGGCCAUCUCCAAAGGAGAUUUCCAUCUGGCCAGUUCAGCUUCCCGCCGAGCUCUCUUCCUCGCCGCGCUCUCCAUAACCAUCGGCACAGGAGUGUACAUCGGGGUGGUGGUAGCGCUGAUCGCUUAUCUCUCCAAAGGGGGCCAUGUAUAGCUGCCGUCUGCAUGUCAGCACUGUCCCCAGCCGCCAGCCCUCCUGGGAUGGAGCUUUCCUGUGGAGCACAGGGCACCACUGCCUGCAAGGGCUGCUUGCACAGCAGGACCCUGGCUUGGAUGCCCUAUGCAGGCUCUUUCCCCUUUCAGAUGAACAGCAGACCCCCAUUCUCCCUGAGGGUCUGGGGUGUCACCAUCUAACAACAAGGAAUUGGGCACCGGCCUGGCUGCAGGGACCAGGAGGAGCACAUUUUCCUGGUGGAAGACGUGCAGGAGAGACAUUGCAUGCUGCUGAUGGGCUGAUGCCACCACCCCUGAUGCGGGGCCAUGGCUUCCCCUCCCAGCCCCGCAGCCGGGAGAUCCACCCCUCGUACCCAGGCUUGGCCCAUGAAGGGGGCAUGCAGGGAGGAGAGGGAAUAUGGUGCCAGGGAAUGACCACUCUUUCUUCUGGGAGGCCAGGGUCCUGGGUGGGUCUCCAGGCUCCUGUGAUGAGGACAACAUUCUUAUUUCAGUGCCACAGGGUGGCACCUGGCCUCUCAGCUGCAGCCAAGUAGGAGGACACAGCAUGGACAUGACCAAAGGACAUGCUCUUCACAUCCCUCUGCAGACAGAUCCCUGAUCCACAGGCGAACAUCCCAGCUGCUGGCUCGUCCCAGACCAGAAACAAGGAGUAAGGCAGGCUGGUGGCCGCACACCAUCACUCCCAUUGUUGGAACAAGCUGGCAGAGACAGCAAGGUUUUCUCCAUGUUAAUAGUGACUGUCAUGAUAAUUGCAAGUCAGAGCCCCCGUAAGGUUGGUGUCCCACAGUGCUGGGCCCUGAAAAGACUUGUAAUGGCAAUUUCUACCCAAGAGGAGACCUGGGAGGGGUGGGGGCCUAAAGGAGUCCACUCCUGAGA